AUGAAACCUGCAGGGACUAUUAACUGCUCCGAACCGACUACAGAUGCUCUUUUAACAGCCCUGAAGGAGAACGUCUUUGGCAAAACUGAGAUUAGGCCAGUUAUUCACCCGAAAACUCCCACAAACAUCAGUGCGACCUUCACGCUGUAUGGAAUUUUAGAUGUGGAUGAAAAAGCUCAAUUAUUUGAGUCGUACAUUUGGUUGUUUAUGGUUUGGAAUAUUGAAGGCUUGAGCUGGGAUCCCGAUGAAUGUGGAACAGACAGAAUCUCACUGCCAAGAAAACAACUGUGGAGGCCCGAUAUUGUCAUCAAUGAAUUCGUGGAUGAAAAUAAAGUCCCAGAAACAUAUUACCUCUAUGUCCAAAAUACUGGUAUAGUAACGGAUGGUCUUCCAAUUCAUGUGAUCAGUUCCUGCAACAUGGACAUCUACACCUUUCCAUUCGAUAUUCAGAACUGCACAUUUACUUUUAAUUCAUACAAGCUCUUUGCGGCGGAUGUUCAAUUGUCUUUUAUUGAACCAGUGGAGGAAACACUUAAAUUUUCCCUAGAUGCAAUGCAAACUAAAGGAGAGUGGGAGCUAGUCACCAUGCAAGCUGAAAAACCUGCAUUACGUCCUGAAGAGCUAAAAACAUCUUUUGAUGCACUCAUUUACUAUAUCGUUCUCAGGCGUCGACCGACCAUGUACGUGGUGAACCUCCUGAUUCCCAGCUGUUUCCUCAUUGCUGUAGAUCUAUUCAGCUUUCUUCUACCAACUCAGAAUGUGGAUCGAUCUUCCUUCAAAAUGACCCUCAUCUUGGGUUACACUGUGUUCCUGCUGCUAAUGAACGACCUGCUGCCCGUCACAGGAAACAGCUUACCUCUCAUAAAUGUGUUUUUCUCUCUCUGCUUGGCACUGAUGGUGGCCAGUCUUCUGGAGACAAUUCUUAUCAUAAAUAUUCAGUGUGGCUCCAGUAACUAUGGACCGUUACCUCGAUGGGCCAAGGUGUUUUUCCUCAACUACCUUGCUAAACUUGUUUUUUUAAGCAAGAAACCCAGUGACCAAAACUGUGGUCCUGAAGAGCACAGUACUGAGACCAAACACUGUGAUCCUGUAGAUGACACCCCUCUGAGAGAAGCGGUCCAUAACACAAAUCCUACACUUCAGGAACUGAGAAGGAUAAGCCACGAGUUACUAUCCAUCCGUCAGCAGGUUGAUAAACAUUUUAAAACUGAUGAGAGAGUAGACGAGUGGGUACAUUUGAGUGAAGUCAUUGACCGCUUGCUUUUUGGGAUGUAUCUUAUCUUUCUCUCAGUGAGUUUCAUCACUAUAUUUCUCAUCUGGCUGAACUGCCUGCAGUUCUGCAGGUAUCUGUUAGCAAGGCGCCAUGCGCUAGAGCCCAAGAGGAAGCCACACUCCGGGUGGAGUGUCCUAUCACACCAAGGGGCAUGGUUGGCCUUGCUGCGGGGCCAACGGACACAGAGCUCUCAGCCGGGGAACUACACUGCAAAGCAGACAGACAGACAGAGAAUUUACGGGCUGGAGGUCUCCACUGCAAAGCAGUCGGGUGUGAGCAUACAGGCACGUCAUCCUCUUCUUUUGCAGGGCCGACAGACACAGAGCUUACAGCGGGGGAACUUCACUGUAAAGCAGACUGGCAUACAAACUGGCAUCUGUGUUCUGGCAGAACACAGAGGCCGACAGACAGAGGCCUACAACAGAGAACUUACGGCUGGAGGUCUCCACUGCAAAGCAGUCAGGUGUGAGUAUACAGGCACGUCAUCCUCUUCUUUUGAAGGGCCGACAGACACAGAGCUUACAGCGGGGGAACUUCACUGUAAAGCAGACAGACAGAGAACUUAUGGCUGGAGGUCUCCACUGCAAAGCAGUCAGGUGUGA